AUGGACGUGUCCGAGUCUAGCCGGAAGCGUGGCCGAGAUAGUGAGGGAGAGGUGGACGGUAUCUCCAUGGGUCUGGAGGAGCACCGUAGCAAACGACUUCAAUGCCUUCCUCUUCGAACCUCGCCAAGGUCGUCGCAGCAGUGGCCGUCCGUAUCGUCUGUGGGCUCCAUCGGCCUCGAAUCCGACGGCAAGGCCACACAGCUACUGUUUUCUCGCUGGUCACAUUCGUCCAUGGGAAGUUCUGGCUCUCACGAUGAUACCGAAGUGAACAUGAUGAGCUCUAAUCGGAUGCCAACACCAAUACAGCCCAGCUUCGCUGCGCAGGUGCGUGGUCAGCAGAACGAGUGGGCUGGCCCCGGGCCUGUUGUCACGACGCUUAAUGGGGUUAUCAACAUGGGCCACCACCCCGCGGGCUUCUCAGACGACCAGUCUGUGCCUCGUGUAAUGUCGGGCCUGGAAGACUGGCAAGCUGCGCAAAACCACCGAAGACUACCGUCACCGAUUUCCGAAGUGGAAGACAACGCGCUGGAUCAGGAUUUCGGUGAGAGCAGUAUGAUGGUGGAUGAUGGCAUGGGCGUAACCAUGGAUGCCUCCAUAGUGCUACCGCCGUCGCCGUCACGCGCCAUGGAUCACCCUAACGCCAUGAUGGACAUUGAAUCACCGCCGCGCUCGCACUUACACGGAGCUGACAGUGAGGGCGAUGCCCAUUCACCCAGCCCUGCUCGCAGAGGUCAUAUGCGAAGCAAGCAUACCAUUGACAGUUGGACAUGGCAACCCGGAAUGAAAAAGAGCUUUAGCAUUGGGUACCGAGCCGAUUGCGAGAAGUGCAGACUCAAAGUGCCUGGGCACUUCAACCACAUCGUCAUCUCAUAG